CCUGCUGGCCUCUCAGCAGAGGAUGUGUCUGGGUGAGAGAGUGUGUGUGAGGGAGAAGAGGAAAGCCGUCAGUAGAAUGGAUUUGUGCCCUCUCUCCUCCACCCUUUCAUCUCCUCCUUCUUCUUUCUCUUCUCCUCUGUCUCCUCUGUCCUUCUUCACCCUCCUCUGCCAGUGUCACAUCCCGGGCACCCUCAGUGCCGGCCCUCAGGGAACAGGAGACUCGUCCGGUGGAUGGGCGGCUGAAAACUGAACUUCAAUGUCAGCAGGAGAUCAGAAGCAUGGUGGUGACAAACCAGAAGACAAGGUGUCAGCGGUGGAGGUAUGGCCAGAGGUGGAGAGGGCUGAGUGUUUGGCCCGCGGUGCUGCCCUGAAGUGGGCGUCAGGUGUUUUCUGUCAGCCCGAACAUCUGGAGAGACUGAGCCAGUACAGGAAGAGAGAGAGUCAGAGGACUGCUUCCAUACACACCAGACUCAAGUCCAUGGUCCAGUCAUACCUGGAGGGGGUAGGCUGGGGUCUGGAGCAGCUCCAGGAGGCCAAAGCUGAGCUGAGAGAGGUGUCACAUGCCUUGAAGAAAGCAGCACUGGAAUCCAACCAAAAUGCAGAGGGGGUGAAGUCUCUGGACAGGCUGAGAGAAGUGUCAGUCAACCACUGUCAGCUCCUCGCUGCUGUCAGCAACUUACCACGACUUUACUCUGUGCGUAGCAUGGUGUUGGAGACUGAGCGUCUGGUGGAGUCCCGGAGGCUCCUGGAGGCCCACGCCAGGCUAAUGGAUCUGGAGCGCUGGCAGGACGACAUCCUGUGGCAGCUCCAUGGAGCUGCUGGGAUGGCAGGAAGUCCGCUCAGCACCGAGGACCAGGAGGUGGUGGCCAAGUAUUUCUCUGGUGUUGGGCAGCUUGUGGACGCCCUGGGUAAGGAGCUGUGGGCGGUGGUGAGCAGUGGUCUGGCUCUGGCCCGACAAAACCCCACACCAUUUGUAUCAGCAGUGAGGAUAGUGGAGCGGGAGGAGGCCCUGGACCAAGCUCUCCUAGAGGAGAGGGGGGGAACCGGAAGCAACAGCAGGCCCUUACCUCCUGGACGACCUCGCUGCUGGAGAGCGUGCUUCUUCCAGGUACUAGAGGAGGCAGUUUCUGCGCGGUUUCGUAGUGUCUCCUACCUGCACACGCGUGGUCCGGGUCUGGCAGGCCACCUCUCUGCUCUCCAGCACGCUACAAUGACUGACCUGGCCACUGUCCGCCACCUGCUGGAGCACUGUGUCCCACCACACUAUCAUCUAACAGGGGCUUACCUGAGAGCCAGCCAUCGCUGUUUACAAACUCACCUGGCACAGGUUAGCAGCUGGGACCUGGAGAGUGGUGAGAUCUUUGCUGUGCUUAACUGGGUGCUCCACAUCUACAACAGCCCGGACAUGAUGGGUCAUCCAGAGCUGGUAACAGAGAUGGAGAAAGAAGAGCUGGGACCUCUCAUCUCCACCGAGGGACUGGAGCAGCUGCAGAACAAAUAUGUCCAGAGUGUUCGGAAGAGUGUGUCAGAGUGGAUGCACAAAGCUCUGCAGGUGGAGCUGCAAGACUGGCAGAGAGACCAGGAACCAGACACAGACCAUGAAGGUUUCUACCAAACCAGCCUGCCUACCAUCAUUACACAGAUGCUGGAGGAGAACGCCCGCGUGGCUCUGAUGAUCGGAGAAUCCCUACGAGAUCAGACCAUACAGAUGGGACUGUAUGAGAUGGAGAACCUCCUGAACAGGUUUCGGGAAGCGCUGGUGGAAUUUGGGAGAGAGCAUCGCAGGGAUCCGAGCAACAACAAAAACAAGUUCUACCUCCACUAUCUGCUGGCCUCCAUCAGCAACUGUAUCAUCCUCAAGAAGUCCACAGAGAGCCUGCAGCAGCAGCAGUCGUCCCGAUUGGCGGGCCAGUUCUCUCGGACUCCUCCCAACCCACUGGCAGCUCUGGACCGGGCGGUGAGGCGGGCUUGUCGCCUGGUGAUGGAUCAGCUCCUGUUGGACCUUCAGCCUCUCCUCCCGGGCCUGCUGACCCGACCCUGGCUGGUCCAGGGAGACCCCACACCCAAACUCUGCCAGGUUCUGGAGCGUCACCUGGACCUGUACGGCCGCGUUCGGCCUCCCUGCCGACAGCGUCUGCAGGAGGAGGCCCAGUGGCUAAUGGUGGUAGAGUACGUCAGGGCUCUGAUGCAGAAGAGGCUGGUGUGCCGCAGCGCCGAGGAGAGGAGGCAGCUCGCCCAGCAGAUGGUUCAGGAUGACCAGCUGUACCGGGAAAUCUUCCAUGGCCUGGAGGGUGAGGGGUCAGUGCCUGAGGUGAACCCUUUAACCUUACUACCCGUCCUGGCUGACUUCAUCCGACUCAAAGACCCCAGCAUGCUCACUCUGGAAGUGUCAGGACUUGCAGCCAAAUACCCCGACAUCAGUGAGGAGCAUGUGUCUGUGCUGCUGGACAUUCGUGGUGAUGUCUCCAGGGACAUCAGAGGGGCUGUGCUGGACUUGCUGGAGCAGAGCGCCCCCCCUCUGCCAGCAGGAUACCGACCCAUCUUCACUGACAUCCUGGUGCCUCCCUCUACCAUGGCCUUCUGUCUGCCCACUGCCAAGUGUGCAUGACUAUAAGAACAUAAACUUAAAUUUUUCACAUUAAGAUCAGGUUGGAUCUGAAUCUUAGAUGGAUCUUCAGGCCGGAUCCCCUCAGCCUGACAUUAGCAGAGAAAUGCAGGACCGAGCAAAAAAAAUGCUGUUGGAUCUGCUCCUGCUGUGUUUCAAGUUGACAGAGGCCAACUCUUUAUUUAUCCAGGGAGCAUCAGCUAAGUUCUGUUGUUGUUGUUUGUCUGAAUUUAUGAGCCCCUGUGGCUGGUUUGGUAACGAGGGCUCCUUUAAUGCCUUAAAAAUAUCACUGGUAAACCAAUAUCUUCUUCCCUGUCACAGGUUGUGUUUCAGCUAUUUGUGGCACAGAUUUAAAGCUGCAUAAAUCAGCUUUUAAACAGCAAGAAUAGCAACUAUAAAGUUUUCUUCUUCUCACUCAGAAAUCAUGUAAAAUGUCAUUAGUAAACUGUACAUGGCACUCUUUAUGUUGCUAGGUUUAUGAUGAUUAAUGAGGACGGUGCAACUUCAAAACAAUCUUAUGUAAGUUUUGCUGAACAGCAGCCUCAAGAAAGAAUUAUGUGAUAUAUAUAUAUAUAUAUAUAUAUAUAUAUAUAUGAGGGGUGAUUGAUAAGUUUGUGUCCUAAUGUAGGAGGACUUGAGUUAAACAGCUCUUGUGCAUGCACAUGCAGUUCCACUCUUUGAGUGAUUAUGUUUCAAAAGUGUGUUUGCUGGUGACACUGAGCUCCUGCAUCAUCUUGGGGAAGAGGUUGUAGCCUGAGGGGGGGUCACAUCAGGUGGACAGGGUGGGAGUUGGACAAUAUGACUUUAUGAAGGCUGAUGCUGGCCAUUUUCUCAGAUAGUGACUCAAAGAGUCGAUCUGCACGCACAUGUUUAACUCUGCUUCGACCUUAAAAUUAUCAUUCACCCCUCAUAUGUGAAUCCUAAAACAGUAGCACAAACAGAGAAGAGACAAAGUUGCCAAACAGUUAAUGAAGCAUUAUCGAUCACUAGAGGUUUGCUAACAUUAACCAUCACAACCCACUAAUCAUUCCAGAACAAGUACGGCUGUAACAGUAAAACCUCUAAGUGGAGUGGUUUAGUUUGUUGCUUAUGAGCUCAACUUUUCAUUCAGCAGGUGGAUUGUACUAUUUCCCCUUUCAAAAGCUACAUAAUGUCACUUUAAAGGCUUAGUUAGUUGUUGUCCACAGUUUUCACUGAUAGUACUCUGAGAAAUGCUUUAAGCACAAAAAACAAACAUGUCAUUCACCUCCACUGUACUUCAGGCAGUUGUAGAAAUAAUUAUUUACUGAAAUCUGCAAAUUAUCAUUGAAUAUAAGCAACUCAGAGCCUCUGAUAACUUCCUACUGAAGAAACAAACUGUGAUUUCCAUCAGUUAAUGUUGUUUAUUUGAGCCUCAGACUCAUUGUGUUUGUAUUCAGACAGAGAGGUCUAAAAUUGAUCAGAGUAAAACAUCAUUGUGCUAAUUACUGGUAUAAUGAAGGAAAAAAUUACAGCAUCAUGUAGAAAUAGAAGAGAAUGAAGUCCAUGAAGUGUACUGAUUAUUUUACAGUGUGUAACAGAUGAUAGUUGUAUGAGUUAGAGAGUACGGUAUGUUUUCAGUGAGGACUCCUGGACUGUGAACCAUCCUACCUGAUAAACUCAGGCUGCUAAUUCAUUACCUAUACAUCUCUCUUUUUCAUUCAUCUGUCUUUAUAUAUUUUUAUUUUCUCCAAAUUCAUCUUGUGUCAUUGUUUAUACUGGGUGUUUUUAAUCAGCUUUUUAAAUAUAUUUAUUGUAUUUAUGUCAUUUCCCUUUUGAAUAGUGUUUCCUACUGCUAUUUUAAAGGGUAUUUUGCUUUUCGUGGUUUGAUGACAAUCUUUAAAGCACAUUGUAAAUGCUGUUAAAUAAACGCUGACAUGACUGCUUUAGAAAGUAAA